GACGGCAUCCUCAAUGUGUGAACUGUUACCCAGAAGGCCUUGCACGGCUGCCACCGAAGCCGGAAUUCCUUGGUUGCUAGUGCUCUGCGGCAAAUUAGCCCAACCUGUUAUCCCACAAGGCUCAGCGGGGCUGCGCGAGGCUGUGGUUAAGCGAGAGAAGCGUUGGUCAACUGCCACCCGGAUCACGAAGACAGGAAGUCCCUGCCAUGCCUCACAUCGACAACGACGUCAAACUGGAUUUCAAAGAUGUCCUGUUGAGGCCCAAACGCAGUACCCUUAAGUCUCGAAGUGAGGUGGAUCUCACAAGAUCCUUUGCAUUUCGGAACUCAAAGCAGAUGUACACUGGGAUCCCCAUUAUUGCUGCCAAUAUGGAUACUGUGGGCACCUUUGAGAUGGCCAAGGUUCUCUGUAAGUUCUCCCUCUUCACUGCUGUCCAUAAACACUACAGCCUCGAGCAGUGGAAAGAGUUUGCUAGCCAGAAUCCUGACUGUCUUGAGCAUCUGGCUGCCAGCUCAGGCACAGGCUCUUCAGACUUUGAGCAGCUGGAACAGAUCCUGAACGCUAUUCCCCAGGUGAAGUAUGUAUGCCUGGACGUGGCCAAUGGCUACUCUGAACACUUUGUUGAAUUUGUGAAGGAUGUGCGGAAGCGCUUCCCUGAACACACCAUCAUGGCAGGGAAUGUGGUAACAGGAGAAAUGGUGGAAGAGCUGAUCCUCUCUGGGGCUGACAUCAUCAAAGUGGGAAUUGGACCAGGUAAGCUGGUUCACUGGGGGCACUGGUCACCUCUCCAGUGGCCGACACCUGUGGAGGACUUCAUCCUCAUUCUUGUCACAUUCUUCUCAGGCUCCGUGUGUACCACCCGGAAGAAAACCGGAGUCGGGUAUCCACAGCUAAGUGCAGUGAUGGAGUGUGCAGAUGCUGCUCAUGGCCUCAAAGGCCACAUCAUUUCCGAUGGAGGCUGCAGCUGUCCUGGGGAUGUGGCCAAGGCUUUCGGGGCAGGGGCUGACUUCGUGAUGCUGGGCGGCAUGCUGGCUGGGCACAGUGAGUCAGGUGGUGAGCUCAUCGAGAGGAAUGGCAGGAAGUACAAGCUCUUCUACGGCAUGAGUUCCGAAAUGGCCAUGAAGAAGUAUGCCGGGGGUGUGGCUGAGUACAGGGCCUCAGAAGGAAAGACAGUGGAGGUGCCCUUUAAAGGGGAUGUGGAACAUACCAUCCGAGACAUUCUUGGAGGCAUCCGUUCCACCUGCACUUACGUGGGAGCAGCUAAGCUGAAGGAGCUGAGCCGGAGAACUACCUUCAUCCGUGUCACCCAGCAGGUGAAUCCGAUCUUCAGUGACGAGAGCUAGACCUGAGCAGUUCUGCCCUCCCAGGGCUCUAGCAUCUACGACAGGGCUCCCACAUGGGCCCCUCUCUCAUUCAGCUACUGAGGCUAUUACUUGGUCACUUCCUAUCCUCCUGACAGCUCCUGCAGUAAUUCUGUACUUCUCUAUCUGCACAUGCAAAAUGCCGAGGGCACUCAAUGGGGAGGAAGCAAGGCAGGCAGGCUGAGAAAAGGAAGUUGAGAGAAUCAAGUGGGAAUCUGGGGACCCAGCAUUCUGAAGAUGAUUAAAAAGAAGAGAGGCUGAUUCAUACAUAAAUGUUUUAUGUGGCCUUGGUUCUGGUAGAGGUAGGCUUUUAGAAUCAUGUUAUGUUAAUCAGAUUCAUUAAAUAGACCUUUGAAUAUCUAUAAAGCGUGGAAGUAUUUACAUACUUUAAAUACCUCAAUAAAG